AUGGCGAUAGAGAAUCUCACCCUCCCAAAAACACAACGAGCCGUCAUCGUGAACGACAAGGACCAAGUGACAAUAUGGGAUGAGGCGCCUUGUCCAAUCAUGUCCCCAGACCAGAUAUACGUGCGUACCGAGGCUGUCGCCAUCAACCCAAGCGACACCAAAAUGAGAGGAUCUUUUGUCACGUCAAUGGGCAUACUCGGCACCGACUACGCCGGAACUGUUGUUGCCGUAGGAUCUAGAGUCAGGGGUGUAGAUGUGGGGGACCGCGUUUGCGGGGCCCAGAACGCCAUGCAUGCGUCUGCGCCCGAUCGCGGGGCGUUUGGGCAGUGGAACGCAUCCAACGGCGAUGUCUGGCUGAAGUUGCCGCCCUCCUGGUCGACUGAGGCUGGAGCAACGCUUGGCGCUGGGGUUAGCACCGCGGGGAUUGCAAUCAAGCUUUUGGGCUUGCCGUUGCCGUCUUCUCCUGUGGAUAAACCAGCCAAAGUGUUGGUUUACGGCGGAAGCACUGCGACGGCGACCAUUGCGAUACAGUUACUAAGACUGGCCAACUUAAUCCCGAUUGCUACCUGCUCACCCAAGAACUUCGAACUGGUCAAGUCCCAUGGCGCAGAGGAGGUCUUUGACUACCAUGACAAAGACUGUGUUGAUAAAAUUCUUGACUCCACUCAGGGCAACCUGAAAUAUGCGUUGGAUUGCAUUACCACCGUGGAGUCGACAGCAUUUUGUUUCAAAGCAAUUGGAAGAGCAGGCGGGAAAUACGUAUCCCUGGAUCCGAUUCCGGCACAUGCGGCUACACGAAAGGUUGUCAAAACCGACUGGGUCUUAGGACCCUCCAUCUUUGGGGAGGGCUCAACCUGGCCGGAGCCAUACGGAAGGCCCCCGAGCGAUGAGAUGCGGCGGUAUGGAGCCGAGCUCUUUGCCUUGGCACAGAAACUUGUUUGCGAGGGCAAGCUGAAGCAUCACCCCCUGCGUAUCUUGGACGGGGGGCUUGAGGCGGUGCUGGGCGGAAUGGAUGUCAUUAAAAGCGGAGCUCAUUCUGGAGAAAAGUUGGUCGUUCGGAUGAUCUAA